UGGGAGCUUCACCCGGCUGUUAUGGAGAUUAGAUUUGCAUUUUCAUCAGGACGCGAGCGAAGAAUUAAUCAUUUCUCGAUGUUCCAGAUCAGAGACGACGUCGGGGGCGAAAUUUGCCAGAUCCGAAGUUAAUCCUCCCCCGUGAGCGUGGAAGUGGUAGCUCGUGUGACAGUGCCCCACACACUGAGCUCGCGCACGGAGCGGGACGCUCGUGGUCCUUUUCUACAGUUCUCUUGCAGACAUUAUGUGCCGAGACCAAUAAAGAGAGCGAUGCAUUCGAUGGGAAGACGUUUUGAAUAGGAAAGCGGUGCCCUUGUUCCUACCAAGAGUGAUGGGUUAGGACGGGCAAGCAGGGGCUCGGUUUGAGCAACACUUGCAAGAGAACGUUUUUUUUAACCCUCUCCAGAAAGCCGAGAUAAAGACAGUGAUGGAAGUUGGAUGCCAAUUUAUUUCUCGUUCGGAUACAAGGACUGGCGCGAAUUAAAGAAUAUGGAGAUCAACGUUAAGUUUGACUCCAGAUCCACGGAGAGGAGGAAGGGACUGCAGUUAUGUUUGCUCUACUUCAUGACAGAGGUGUGUCUGAGUUCGCAGCAAGUCCUUAGAAUUGGAGGGAUUUUCGAGACCAUGGAGAACGAGCCCGUGAGCGUCGAAGAGCUCGCUUUCAAAUUCGCCGUCACCAACAUCAACCGGAACAAAACCCUGAUGCCCAACACCACGCUGACGUACGACAUCCAGAGAAUAAACGUCUUUGACAGCUUUGAAGCCUCGCGAAGAGCCUGCGACCAGCUGGCGUUGGGCGUGGCGGCGGUCUUUGGCCCCUCCCACAGCUCCUCGGUCAGCGCGGUGCAGUCCAUCUGCAACGCCCUGGAGGUGCCGCACAUCCAGACGCGCUGGAAGCACCCCUCCGUGGACAACCGGGACACCUUCUACAUCAACCUGCACCCCGAGCACGCCUCCAUCAGCCGGGCCAUCCUGGACGUGGUGCAGUUCUACCAGUGGAGGGCCGUGACGGUGGUUUACGAGGACAGCACCGGCCUGAUGCGUCUGCAGGAGCUGAUCAAAGCCCCAUCCAGGUACAACAUCAAGGUGAAGAUCCGCCAGCUGCCCCCGGGGAACGCCGACGCCCGGCCCCUGCUCAAGGAGAUGAAGAAGGGCAAGGAGUUCUUCGUCAUCUUCGACUGCUCCUACCAGACCGCCGCCGAGAUCCUCAAGCAGAUCAUGUCGAUGGGAAUGAUGACCGAAUAUUACCACUUCUUUUUCACUACUCUGGACAUGUUUGCCCUGGAUCUGGACCCGUACCGCUUCAGCGGAGUGAACAUGACGGGGUUCCGCCUACUCAACAUGGACAGCCCGUACGUGGCCUCCGUGAUGGAAAAGUGGUCUAUGGAGCGCGUGCAGGCCCCACCCAGACUCGUGAUGGGUCUCCGGGAUGGCGUGAUGACGACAGAGGCAGCCCUGAUGUACGACGCCGUGUACAUGGUUGCCGUGGCGGCGCAGCGCUCCACCCAGAUGACCGUCAGCUCCCUGCAGUGCCACAGGCACAAGCCCUGGCGCUUCGGACCCCGCUUCAUGAAUCUGUUCAAGGAAGCACAGUGGGACGGCCUGACUGGACACGUGCUCCUCAACAGGACGGACGGCUUGAGGAAAGAGUUUGAGUUAGACGUCAUCAGCCUGAAGGAGAACGGAACGGCGAAGGUGAGCGAGGGUGUUGUGGAAGGAGCAGGCCGGAAACCACAAGUGUGGAAAAAGAUUGCGGUUUGGAACUCCAUAACUGGGCUGAACUUGACCGACCUCAGCCUGGACGCGGGCAACGUCUCUGAUUCCAUGGCGAACAGAACGCUCAUCGUUACCACUAUUCUGGAGAACCCGUACGUCAUGUACAAGAAGUCGGACAAAGAGCUGUACGGUAACGACAGGUUCGAGGGCUACUGCCUGGACCUGCUGAAGGAGCUGUCGAACAUCCUGGGCUUCGCGUACGAGGUGAAGCUGGUGUCGGACGGGAAGUACGGGGCGCAGAACGACAAGGGCGAGUGGAACGGCAUGGUGCGGGAGCUCAUCGACCACAUAGCUGACCUGGCGGUCGCGCCUCUGACCAUCACCUACGUGAGGGAGAAGGUGAUCGAUUUCUCCAAGCCGUUCAUGACCCUGGGCAUCAGCAUCCUGUACCGCAAGCCCAACGGCACCAACCCGGGGGUGUUUUCCUUCCUCAACCCGCUGUCCCCCGACAUCUGGAUGUACGUGCUGCUGGCCUGCCUGGGGGUCAGCUGCGUGCUGUUCGUCAUCGCCAGGUUUACCCCCUAUGAGUGGUAUAACCCACACCCCUGCAACCCCGAUUCGGACGUGGUGGAAAACAAUUUUACUUUGCUAAAUAGUUUCUGGUUUGGAGUGGGAGCCCUCAUGCAACAAGGGUCAGAGCUGAUGCCUAAAGCUCUGUCCACCAGAAUCGUCGGAGGGAUCUGGUGGUUCUUUACGUUAAUAAUAAUAUCGUCAUACACUGCCAACCUGGCUGCCUUUUUGACGGUCGAAAGAAUGGACUCGCCAAUCGAUUCUGCGGACGAUUUGGCGAAGCAAACAAAAAUUGAGUAUGGGGCCGUGCGAGAUGGAUCCACCAUGACAUUUUUUAAGAAAUCCAAAAUCUCCACGUACGAGAAGAUGUGGGCUUUCAUGAGCAGCCGAAAAAACACGGCUCUGGUGAAGAACAACCGCGAGGGCAUCCAGCGGGUCCUGACCACGGACUACGCACUCCUCAUGGAGUCCACCAGCAUCGAGUACAUCAGCCAGAGGAACUGCAACCUCACUCAGAUCGGAGGGCUGAUAGAUUCCAAAGGCUACGGUGUGGGAACCCCUAUCGGCUCUCCGUACAGGGACAAGGUGACCAUCGCCAUCCUCCAGCUGCAGGAGGAAGGCAAGCUCCACAUGAUGAAGGAGAAGUGGUGGAGGGGGAACGGCUGCCCCGAGGAGGACAGCAAGGAGGCCAGCGCCCUGGGCGUGGAGAACAUCGGCGGCAUUUUCAUCGUGCUGGCCGCCGGACUCGUCCUGUCCGUCUUCGUGGCCAUCGGCGAGUUCAUAUACAAAUCCAGGAAGAACACGGACAUCGAGGAGGCCUUUUGCUUCUAUUACGGAGUGCAAUCCAAGCCGUUGCAAAGGCGCCUCUCCAACGCUUCCUCCGAAAGCUCUCUGUCGACGGAUGUAGAAUGUGGUAAACUUCUCCAAGAAGAUCCUUUGCGAUCUCCACGCUAGAUACCACGCCGCUUAGUUGUUUGCUUUGGUCAAGGUGUGUCCGUGGCCCUUCAGAAAUGGGCCCGCCUCCCCUCUAAACACUGUCCCCAGGCCCCUCCCCCAGUCCCUAAGCCCCACCCCUCCACCCAGUCCCCGUCCACUCUCCUCAUUUGUCUGUGAGGUUGUAGCUACAUUUCCUACAAGCGCCCACAAUGUAGAUGCUCACUCCAGAGAACCUGAGGUCUAAAUCGUGGGAGGAACUGGCCUUCAAGAAAAAAAAUACAAGCCUAGUUCACAUUAUUUCAUUUGUUUACAAAGGGGUACAGAACAACGGCUUCUCCCUGCAGAAUUUGCAUAUUAACUCUGUGACAUAUCAGAGGGCUGUGUGUACUGGUUUCUACUCCAGCUGUCAGCCAAUUAGGUCUGCAUAUAUUCAUUGUCAUGGAUGGCCUUAUGUAAGAGUGCAAACACACACACACACACAGGCCUGUAGAAACUCCCCUCCUUCACUUAGUUUUAUUGAACUAUGAACUGCACCCCUCCUGGUGAAAUGCUGAAAACACACACAAACUAAGGAAGCAAUUUGGUAAAGAGUAUGGAGACUAAAUUCUCUGUCAGCAUGCCCUGUAUCCCAGCAUGCAUUGCUUGGUUUGUGCCAAUCAGAACUCUGGGUUCAGGUUUUCAAGCUUUCAGCAGAUGGUGUGUCCUUUAUGAUGUCAUAAAGCAAAAGUGAACAAGGGGCGGGGCAGAUACAUCUCAAAGUGUCAACUGGGCUUAAGAAAAAAAUACGGGAAAAAAUUCAAACUCAUUAAUGCAAAACUUUUUAUUUUUAGAGCUGAAGCUAUUAGUGAAUUUAGUUUGACCUUGACAGUUGAGGAAGGUCAAAAACAGAAGCAGAGGAUUACAAAUCUGACAUUUGAAAGUCAUUAAAAGUAAUGGAAAAUGAUAGCACCUGCAAUGUAGAUGCUGAGCUUUACCCUGAACAUUGGAUGUCUGUUCUCUCAGUUUUACCCCAGUUUCUUGUUGAGUGAGCAAUUUAAUUAUUGAACAGGCCCUUUAAAUAUCACCGUUGCGAAAACGGUUGCAUUUAUUUGUGGCUUGCCAUCCCCAUACUGCUGUCUUCUUGAGAAUUUACAGCAGCUUCUCUUGUAAAUUAAGAGCCAAUUAUGGAUUAUAUUAGGAAGGGUACUCCUGCAGGAAGGUUUAAGCUGUCGAGAAGAAGGUAGGUGUGUGUGUGUGUGUGUGUGUGUGUGUGUGUGUGAGAGAGAGAGAGAAUGUGAUAAAGACAGAGGGGGGGUAGGGAUACGGUGAGAGAAGGAGAGAGGGAGAGAGAGGAGGAGAGAAGAAGGGCAGGAGGGAGAGCUAUUUGUGCAGGAAGAUUUAAGAUGUACAAAAGAAGGUAAGUGUGUGUGUGUGUGAAAGACAGCGAGAGAGCGAUGGGGGGGUAGGGAGAGAGAAGGAGAGGGGAGAGCAAGGUUUAAGCUAUGCAAAAGAAGGUAGGUGUGUGUGUGAGAGAGAGGGAGAGAGUGAGAGAAAGAGAGAGGGGGAAAUAACCAAUCAUCUGCGAGGAAAAACCCCCAAUACAUAUAUGAACUAUGCUGCCCUGCAAAGCCUAAGUGCAUAAAAAUUACCUCAUGAAUACAUGUACAGUUAGUGCAAUAUCACUUAUAUACCUAUAACCCAUUUGGCUGGCCAGUUAAAACACUUUAAAGCCAUUUUUCUCAGUUUUACUCUUUGCGUAGUUACUGCAGUUAGGCUUUGUAGGGCAGUAUGAAUAACUGCAUUUAAAAAGAAAAAAAAAACUAUUUCUGUGUCUUAAAAAGGGCCCUUAUGUGAAAAUAAAUU